AUGACUCGCACAAUCCACCUUGUCAUAUCCUCUAAUGGCCGGAAACCUGCUCACUUCGCCAUCUUUGUCCCCAUUAAAGAUCAGGGGCUGACAGGAAAACUCAUCCAUGUGACCGGAAAUCCAGCCACGGGGUUCUUUCUCGAGUUCCAGCGGAAUCACGAUAUUAAGGCGAUCCACGAGGACGCUCAAGAGCCGUAUCAAGUCCUUCCUGUUGCACAAAUCGGUGGUAGAUACAUCAUCGAUACGCCCUACGAGGGCACUACUGUGGUGAGGGACACUACUGCUCGUGAUCGGCUGGAAUCCGCCGCUCUGUCGAUUCCACCUCCUGGCCGCAGUCCCAAUCCCUUCGAUCCAUCGGCGCCUAACUGCCAGAACUGGGCCAGGGAUUAUAUCAAUGGCCUAGUUCAAGCAGGUUUUAUUGCCAGUAGCGCAAUCGCAGUCAUCGAAAGCGCCCCCAAAGUGAUAUAA